GCGAACGAACGUGCCGCGCGGCAGUCUCUCACACCGUACGUAAACUUUCCCGAUAUACGAAAGAAAGUGGUCUGUGUUAUGCAUUCGGACGCAACGAAUGCGGUGUAAAGUGACAAAGUGGUCGAAUAGAUUAAUGUAACAAUUCGUCUUAGUGUUAUUUACAUCUAUGGGAGAGCUUUCUUGAUAACGGAUGAGUUUAAGCCGAGGAUAAUGGAGUUUGGCAUGAGAUGAAUCCGGCUGCUGGUGACAUACCGACUGGGAUACGUUGCCAGGCGUUACAUGAUGACGUCACAACACGGUGCCCUCGCGUUCCUCUUCACUGUUAUGCUUCUUUGUAAAGGUUACAUAGUUACUGGUCUGGAGUUGCUGGAACUGCGGGUUCCGGCGCACGUACCAUUAGGCACGCGCGCGUCGCUCUCCUGCCGCUGGAAGCUGGGGCCCACUGACGUCCUCUACUCUGUCAAGUGGUACAAGGACGGCAAAGAGUUCUUCCGACAUGUCCCCCGCGAUGUCGAACCCCGCAGAAAGUUUCUGCUACCCGGAGUCGAUGUUGAGCAAUCAAGCCCAAACGGAUCCAACAUAACGCUGUUCCCGGCCGUAUUGGAGACGGGCGGGAGAUACAGAUGCGAGGUAUCAGGCGAGCGACCACUCUUCCCGACUGUUUCCGACCAUGCGGACAUGAUCAUCGUAGCAUUACCAGAACACGGACCAACGAUCUCCGGGUCUAGACUACGGUACCAGAUCGGAGACAGGGUGCAAGUAAACUGCACUUCAGGCCGGUCCCGACCGGCGACCAGACUCGCGUGGUACAUAAACGGUGAACCCGCGCCCCCAGCUACAGUCCUAACACCCGUCACGUAUAAAGACGAUGAUGGUCUGGAAACGACGAGUCUAGCGCUUGACUUCAAAGUCAAGCCGAAACAUUUUAGGAAAGGGGACCUUAAACUUAAAUGUCUCGCCACAAUAGCAACAGUCUACUGGCGAAGUAACGAAGAAAGCGUACAAGGUGAGCGGUUAAAAGGUUACGCAAGAUCGCGGGACUUCAACGAGGGGGCUUCGCGGGCUGACAGAGUGCAAGCCGCGUCUAGUAGUCAUUGCAAGACUCAUUUAUUAACUACUCUACAUUUAUUGAUAUACUGCAUACUACAAAUUGUUUCCAAGACUCUUUAUUGAUCUAAUCGGAUUUUUUUUUUCUUGGAAUAUUUCUCACCAGUGUCUCGUUAGAGAUCAACAGUGUUGUAAAUAGUUUCGGUAAUAAAAACAUU